CCUAACCCUAACCCUAACCCUAACCCUAACCCUAACCCUAACCACAAUCCUUAACCCCUAUCCUAACCCUAACCCUAACCCUAACCCUAACCACAAUACUCGCCUUAACCCCUAUCCUAACCCCAACGAGAUGUUAACACAUUGUCCAAACAGUAAUAAAAGUGUUAUCUGGGUGAAACUUGCUCCUUAUUUGAUGAAUAGGGUUGAUAUUUCAGCUAUGAUAAUGACAGGAACCGUUAGCCAAUGACUAGCAUGCGUUCAAGGUCAUUUGAGCGUUGAAGGUUUUGGGACCCUAUUCUUAAACUUCGCCGCAUUUCCUUCGGUUCUACUGAAAACUUUUCGAACAAAAUAAUUAGAGUGUAUUGCAGAAAGCACGACAGUUGUCUGCUGUAUGCCCCAAAGUGUCUGCAAUUCACCCAAAUUUACAGCUAGCUGGGGAGUUAGGGAAAAUAGGCAAAUAAUACUAUGCUCAUGAAUAAAAAUACCUGAUGAAGUGUUAGUAUAUUAAACAGAAAAACUGGGAAGUUUUAAGUUUUGAAAGGAUUAAUUCAAAGUCUGGACUUAAGAAAAUUCACCUCUACGUUAACCAAAUAAGGCAUCAUCAAUCUGGUCAGAUUACCCCUGCAGCAUUUAAAAGUGCUGUCCAUGAUUUACAUAACCAUUUGGCUUGUAAUUCUAACAGUACUGAGGAAUGGUUUAUUGAUGAAUUUGCAGAACAACCGGUUGAACUGGAGAUGGUCUGUCGGAAAUCUAUUCCAAUUGAAAAAUCAAGUGAUUCAUCGGCUGACGUAAUUGUUAUAGAGUAUCGAGUAGUAUACAGCGAAAGUUACCAAGUACCUGUUCUACUUAUUCGCUUUCAAACAAAAAGUGGCCGUUCAUUACAGCAUGAAAAAUUAUGGUGUGAAAACUUACGAUCUUCUGCGUUCCCGAUUUCAAUGAACCCUUUACCCUUAUCCGCUCUUAGUGAAAUUGAGCAUCCUCACUUGGGUAUUCCGUUCUAUCAAUUUCAUCCUUGUAAAACUGCUGAACUGAUGGCUGAAGUAUUUUCCUCAGCAUCUGUUGAUUCGAUAAGUCCGCUAAAAUAUACAAUCAUGUGGUUAAGCUUAAUUGCAUCUCCUCUCGGACUUCAUCUCCCUCAAUCGUUAUGUUCCUUAUAAACGUUAUGAAAUCUUUAAAACUUCAAUAUGUACUUAUAUUUUUGUAUGAGAUAACUGUAAUUACCCUUUUAUUUAAGUUUUGGGCUUACUCUUGACCCAUCAACACUAACCACUUUGUGGAUAUUUCAUCUUCUUAUUGUGAUGUUAUCUUCUAAAGUUGAACAGUGUUGUGAUCAAAGUUCAGACAAAUAAGAAUUUUUAUUAUUUUGAUUCAGUGUUUGUGUAAUGUUAUCAUUUUUUACUUCUAAUAUUAAAAGAAAAUAGAAGUUUAAUUCACCUGUAUAUUCCCAGAGUUGCUUAAAAACCUACCACUGUAACAAACCACUAAUCAAGGGCAACUUUAGACAUAAAUAAUGAUAGUGUAUACCAUUUUCAUUAAACAUGUAGUUCUUCAGUGGAAGAAUUUGUUUAAAUAAAUUGAACAGUCC